AUGGCACGGUACAGGCUUCUGCGACGAGUCCUUAGGCGCACGAAACGGUUUCUGCUAAACUUUCUCAACACCUCUGGUGCCCACGGUGCGCGGUACUUGGUGCACGGUGGAUUGCACAUCGUCGAGCGGGUGGUGUGGAUUACCUGUAUCUCGAUCGCCCUGUACGGUAUGGCAGCGCUGGCGCAGCGUAUCUGGAACCGCUUCCAGAACUCGCCAACCGUCAUCUCGAUGGAUCGGAACAUGUUCCUGUGGAAUACCAGCUUCCCGAGCCUGACCGUGUGCUCGCAACGGCGCAUCGAUGACGAGAAGCUGGCUCAGUACAUCCGGAUGCGUGGCUUCGACGAGGACGACGCGGAGCAGUUCCGAGAGUUCGUCAUCCUGCUGGCCAACGUGACUUACAGUACGUUUCUGGAGCUGCCAAUGUACAAAACGUUCGCCAUUCCCGGGUAUGAUUACAUGGAGCUUCUACACAACCUAUCGUGGAACAUUAAACCGGAGGUGGUCAUCGGUACCGCCGGUACGCUGACCUCGCGGCCCAUCGUGACCGAGUUUGGGCUGUGUCUGGCGGUAAACUCACGGAUUGCCGAGUACAGCUCGUACCCGUAUUGGCACGGCCGCCGGUGGGAUCUCUUGGACGUACCCGACGUACUGACGGUGCAUCCGCUCGACGGCGAAGUCUACGGGCAGCUGAUCAGCCUAAAGAGUGCGUACGAAGUGUUUUUUCACGGACCGAUGGAAGUGGCGGACAUAUCGGCCCGUCGUUACACCUUCCAGGACCUGUACUACACGACGGUCGAGCUGAGCGCCCAGGAAAUUCUCACCUCACGCAACGCCCGUGAUUUGUCCAUCUCCCAGCGACAGUGUCGUUUCAGUCACGAGAGCGACCAACUCACGUUCAGUCCAGUCUACAGCUACAGCCUUUGCCGGAUCGAGUGCCGUAUGAAGCUGGCCAACAAGCGGUGUGGCUGUGUGCCCCAUUUCUACCGUGCCGUGGGCAAGCGGAACUUCCGGUACCGCAUUUGCGACUUUGAGGGACUCCGCUGCUUGGGAGAGCAAUCAGACGAACUGAUAAAACUGCGCACGGCGGGAAAGGAUGUCGAGUGCAAUUGUCUACCCAACUGUGAUGAUUCCCAUUUUUUCGUAAAGGCCCACGUACGUACAAAUGAGUUCUGA